AAAUCAAAACAAUGAAAUAUAAGGUUAGGUUUUAUUAAUUUAUUUUGAAGUCGAUUUAAAAAGAGCUAAAUUAUAACAAAACACUGAUUUUACAUUAAGAUAAAUACAAUUAGUACAUAACAAAUAUCAAAAUGGCAGGACGAGGACGUGGUAAAACUGGUUCACUAACUCAAGAGCAACUGCAGACUUUAGGUUGUAUUGGCAAGGACAUUCCCCAAGUGCAGACGGCACCUCCACCAACAUUUCCUCCACUUAUGUCUAAACCGGUGAAACUUGAGACGACCGCAGCACAAAAUUAUCAAAUACUUUGGAGGGAAGCGUAUAUUAACCACAUGCGCGAUUCACCCUAUUUCCUCGCUCCUAAAAUUUCAAAUGGUAAUAGUACCUUACAGAGCUAUUCUGAUCAAUGGGCGAGCGCGGUUGAAAAUGCUAAAACGAAAACGAAAGCGGAUUUUAUUUGGCAGAUGAUGCCAACUGAAUUGCACAUUACACAGAAAAAACGUCGUGUAGCAGGAGGGGACAAAAUCGUAACCAAGAAGCCUAAAAAUAUUGACGACCGCUUAAAAGUUCUGGAAGAAAAGGAGCGCAAUGAAGACGAAAAAGAUAUUACAAAAGCUACAUCUGAUUCAGAACAUGAAGAGGAGGAAGAAGAAGCACCGGCAGACGAAGAAAUGGACGAUGAAAACGAUUACGGAAAUAGUUACUUUGACAAUGGUGAAUCAUAUAAUGAAGAAGAUGACAAUCUUGAUGAUGGUCCUGUAUAUUAAAAUAAAAGUAUAUAUUUUUUACAUCUCA